GUGUAAGAUUGCGUGUGACACCGGGAGACUGCAAGAGUGAGCACGACUGUAUGUGGGGGUCACUGGACGUGUGACUGUGUGUCUCCGUGUAACACCAUGGAAUAUUGCGUGACAGUGCUCAACAAAGUUGUCGUGUGAGGAAUUCCCUGUCACAGUGUGAGACCCUGACUAAGUGCGGAUGAGGUUGCUGUUGGGCGCGAGACAGAAGUUUCAGCUGCACGCGAAUGUGUGUGACGGACGUCUUGAGAGAUUGUGUGUGACACUGGGUGAAACUGCACAUGGGGACACUCUGAGAUAGGAUGUCUGUGCUUGUGCGAGGUGGCAUGUGCCACCCUCUGAGAGAUUGCGAGGGACCGGUGUGGCAUUUUGAGGGGCCCCGUGGCUGUGGCACUGUAGGACCGUGUGUGUGGAGCGCGGGUCAGUCGUGAGACAGUGAGGUAGUGUGCACCUGUGUGAGGGGCUGGGGUGGAAUGACACGGGGCAGGCAUGACAGGGUGGGAGAGCACGUGCGAUGGAGUGACAGGCUGUGCGGGACUCAGAGAAGAGAUUCGUGUAAAUGCAGGGUGUGGGGCACGCCGGGAGAGACUGUCUAGUCCUGUGAGCGCGUGUGUGCGUGUGUGUGCCAGAGGGACAGAGACAGGCAGAGGCAGAAACGGAGAGGGGGACUGGGAGAGAGAAAAGGGGAGAAAAAGAGACAGAGAACAGGAGCGACAGAGACACAGAAACAGAAAGACAAAGAAGAGGACAGACAUAGAGAGGGGACCCACAGAGACAGAUCCAAGGUGGCCAGGGCGCAGGGGACGGCGCCGGUGGCAGUAGAAGGAGGCGGGCCCUCAGGGGCUGCGCCCUGGGGGAGGGGGCGGGGCAGGACUGGGGGGGACCCAGACGCGGUCUCCCAGCCUCCUGCCACCUGCCUGCCAUCCUGGCCCAGGAGCAGCAACAGUCAUGUCCAACAACAUGGCCAAGAUCGCGGAGGCCCGCAAGACUGUGGAACAGCUGAAGCUGGAGGUGAACAUCGACCGCAUGAAGGUGUCGCAGGCGGCGGCCGAGCUCCUGGCCUUCUGCGAGACCCACGCCAAAGAUGACCCACUGGUGACGCCGGUACCCGCCGCAGAGAACCCCUUCCGCGACAAGCGCCUCUUUUGCGUCCUGCUCUGAGUCGUCCCGACAGCUUACCCCUCCCCUGCCAAAGUAUGGAUCCAAUAAACGUGGUGACUGCGGUGGUACCUGUGCUUGUGGGGAAACUGAGGCA